GUGUGUGUGUGUGUGUGUGUGUGUGUGUGUGUGUGUGUGUGUGUGUGUGCUGUCAAUGCCAACGACAGAGAGCAGGCAGUGAGAGCCUAAAGCCCGCAUUUAAGACAAGAUGGCAGGACUGCCCCGCAGGAUCAUCAAGGAAACUCAGCGUUUGCUUGCAGAGCCUGUCCCAGGCAUCAAAGCAGAGCCAGACGAAGGCAAUGCCCGCUACUUUCACGUGGUCAUCGCUGGACCUCAGGACUCACCUUUUGAGGGAGGCACAUUUAAACUUGAACUCUUUUUACCAGAGGAAUAUCCCAUGGCAGCUCCUAAAGUACGCUUCAUGACCAAAAUAUAUCAUCCCAAUGUAGACAAGCUGGGAAGAAUAUGUCUAGACAUUUUGAAAGAUAAAUGGUCGCCAGCUCUGCAGAUUCGUACAGUGCUGCUAUCAAUCCAGGCGUUACUAAGUGCACCGAACCCUGAUGAUCCCCUAGCGAACGAUGUUGCAGAGAAGUGGAAGUCCAGUGAAGCUGAAGCCAUAGAGACAGCCAAGUCAUGGACCAGGCUUUAUGCUGGAAACAAAAAUGAAGUGUAGAGCAGCCUAACAAGCGGCGACACAAGUGGAAGACAAGUGUGAACACAAAUCCUCAUGUUCUGCCAAGACCUCUUCCUACUUCAUUUGCAUUUAAAGGACACCGUCUCAUAUAUAUAUAUAUAUAUAUA